AAUCAAAUAAACACAGCUCGAUUUUAUAUAUAUACAGCCGUAGCCUCUUAGUCUCGCUAAAAUUACACAAUGGCACAUACAACCAAUGUCACGGAUACCAAAGCUAGGACGGUAGUAUUCCGGAUGAUUAAAUAAUUUACAACUCUAUGCCCCCUCUCUCUCUCCUCGCUUAUCCACUGUUCAGUGCGGAAAGCUAUUCAGACAUAACUAAUCAAUCCAUCAACACAAGUUCAAAACUCACCCUGAAAUAAAAGAGUGGAAACACCAAACCAAAUGUUUCUUGUGUUUUUUACGUUUAUAGAAGCAAAUCAAUGGCAACAUUUUAAGCAUCGUAAAUAAACACUGUACGUGACAUAAGUGCCCCCUGUUUCCCCUUGUAUUUGGCAUUUACCUCAUCAUGAGUUAGAUUAUUCUGCGUGGGCGCAUGAAAUCAGUUUAAAUACAUUUUCGAUAUAUUGUGUUAUUCAGCCAGUCAUAUUUUGGCCCAAUGGCUGACGAGUUAUAGGGGGGAAACGGGCUGAGGUUGAUCCUGAGUGAACUUUCCCUGCUCCGUGUCGAUGCGUCUGGCCUGGCCUCGGCGGGGACGCGGAGCCUCAUUGAUGUUCAGUCACAUUUCAGCGAGACGCCGAGCGGCGCAGCGCACGGCCGGGUCGCCGCGUCUCUGCCAGGGAUUUAAAUCGAGAAGAAAGGCGACGCCAAUCCGCCCGGGACACCCGGGAGUCUCGUCAGAACUCGCUUCUCUCGCCUUUUAAUGCGCUUUAAAGUGCGAAAAGAGCAGCGGACGAACCCCGAGAGGAAAUGCCAAUCGCUGCCGUGGGUCAGCCGACGACACAGGAACCCCGCGUUUAUUCCCAGCUGCCCGCCACCCCCGAGCCCGUCCCGAAGCGGAGCAGCGCAUGUGAAGGCGCCGGGGUCCGGCCUCAGGAGCGCGGCGAUCGCGGAGGAGCGGAGGGGGCCAGGGCGGCGGGGAGUCUCAGCCACGGCAGGCUUCCCCUAACGGCCGGCUCUUCCUCUCAGUCGCAGUCCCCUCCUACCACCUCCCCCCUUGCCACCUCCGUUCCCCACCCCCACCUCCCGGCCAUGGAGCCCCCGAGGACUCGGUCGAGGUCGCGGUCCGGAUUCUACCAGUGUGUCGGUAACGGCGCCGGGGCCGGGCACGGCGGUGCCAACGCGAUCGGCGGCUUCAGUGGCGCCCAGCAACAGCAACAACAGCAGCAGCAGCAGCAGCACGGCGUCGGCUGCGUGUCGCUCGGAGCGCAGAGUCCCACUGAAAACCAACGCAAUCCGGGAGGCAGCCUUCCCGUCGGCGCGCCGAGACACCCCGGCUCCGGGGCUCAUCGGAAUACUGGUGCAGGGGGCGUAGCGGCUGUGCACUGCCAUCCUGACCAUGCUUACAGUGAGGAGAGCGAUAAGAGUGAGGACAGCCCGAGCCCCAAGCGACAGCGCCUAUCGCAGCAGUCGGUGCUGGAGCGCACGUCGGCCCCACCCUCUACGCCGCCGCCCAUGCGGCCCUGGGAGCUGCCCCCCAGCCGCCGCGCCCACCCCUACCCCCACCCGCAUCCGCACUACCCCCCUGAGCGCUGCCGCCGCAGCCCCCCAGCCAGACGCCAGCGCGGCCGCCGCGAGCGCCUCUCGCGCCACCACCCCCCCCACCACGCCGCCGCGGGGAGCGGCCAAGACGAGAAUUUCCGGCACCCGCACCACCCGCCCGCCCCCCACCAGAGCUACACGUACGGCCAGCCGGGGGCGCCGGCGGGCAUGGAGGAGCCGCGGGCAUUCCACCCGCCCACGCUGUCCCCGCGCCUGCUGCACCCUGCUGCCCACUCCCAGCAGCCCAGCGCCGUGGUGGUCGACCUGCACGACCAGCUGCAACAGGGCACAGUGCCGGUCUCCUACACCGUGUCUCCAGUGCCCCACCACGGCCUCCCCCCUCCCCUCUGCAACGGGCAGCACCUCCCCACAUGCUCCUCCCAGCAACAAGUUGCCUGUGGCUCUGUGGUCUUCAGCGGUCAGCACUACCCCGUCUGCAGCGUCCCCCCGCCCAUGCUGCAGGCUUGCUCGGUGCAGCACCUCCCGCUGCCCUACCCCUUCCCCUCUCUCCUGUCCAGCGAGCCCCCCUUCCUGCUGCAUCCGCCCCACCUGUCUCACCACCCGCCCCACCUGCCCCCGCCUGGGCAGUUUGUGCCCUUCCAGGCUCAGCAGUCACGCUCGCCUCUGCAGAGAAUCGAGAAUGAAGUGGAGCUCCUUGGCGAGCACCUGUCGGUGGGCGGCGGCUUCAGUUACCCCCACUCUGCCCACCCCAGCACCAUGCCACCCUCCACCCCGCUGCAGUUCCUCCCCCACGAGCCCCUCCCGCAUGAGCUCUUUGGAGUGCCGUACCCCCACUUCAUGCCCCGACGGAUCACCAGCCGCCGCUUCCGUUCCCAGCAGGCCGUGCCGCCCCCACCAUACCAUCCCAACUUCCUGCCGUACUUCCUGUCCAUGCUUCCCGUACAGCCCACUGUGGGCCCCACCAUCAGCCUGGACCUGGAUGUGGACGAUGGGGAGGUGGAGAACUAUGAGGCCCUACUGAACCUAGCGGAGCGGCUGGGGGAGGCCAAGCCCCGGGGGCUGACCAAGGCCGACAUCGAGCAGCUGCCCUCCUACCGCUUCAACCCCAACAACCACCAGUCGGAGCAGACUCUGUGCGUCGUCUGCAUGUGCGACUUCGAGUCCCGGCAGCUGCUGCGCGUCCUGCCCUGCAAUCACGAGUUCCACGCCAAGUGCGUCGACAAGUGGCUCAAGGUGAGCGCUGCGGCAGGAGCGAGCCUGAUGAAGGGUUAGGGUUAGGGUUAGGGUUAUCGCUCUCUGUCUGUCAGUGACACUGCUUUGUCCUUCGCUGACUAUCGAUCCGGGUUGCAUCUGUAACACGUUGGAUCUGUUUCCAGCAACAUAUCCGAAUUUGCUAUGACUGAGCCAAAAGACGGUCUAGGUCUUAUCAACUGCUCUGUCUUAGACGUUGGUGUAAUUUAUUGGAAACCAACUCAUGACCACAAUCUGCAUAAUUCACAACUGU